AUGGCAUCUCCAGCCGACGGCCGGUAUUGCCACUUUUAUGCGAUUGAAGACCUGAAGACCCCUGCGUGGUUGUUUGCGUCAAUGCGACAGGAUUUCAGCUGCCAAAGCUACUUCGCAAAGCCGACACGACAGGGAUUCCUUGCGGAGAGCGAAGUGAGGCAGAAAUCACACCUUUUCGGUCUGCCAUGGCGUUUUGCAAUGUUUGGUCUCCCGAUGUCAUCAGAUUUUACCUGCAUCAUAACCAAUGAUCUACCGUGCCGCAUGAAAAAGUCACGCAUGCCACUUUUCCGUUUGCGUCUCAAAAAUCAUUCCUCAGCUGGAACUUGGAAGGGCAUAAUGUUUGGAUCAGUCUCUGAUUCGACAACCAUACAAUUCAAUGGUUGCAUCUGCGGAGCCUACUUUCAAAAUCUCCUCGCUCCACCAGGCGCUAAUGUCAUUGUCCGGCGGAACGCGAAACUUGCCAGCAUUGCCAGCGAGAGUCAACAGACUUUCCUUCUCGAAGAAUACGAGUUCGCAUCAGCCAUGGCUCGGACGCAUGCCCAGGCUGGGUUCUUCAUCCGGUUCACGCAGAUGGUGGAUUUAGAACACGGAACUGUCCAGAGAUGUCAUUGA